AUGGCCGAAGGAAAUAAUAAUAAGCAAAACCCGGACACCUCAGAUGAGGGUUUAUAUGAUUUCAUGGUCCCUUUGUGCCCGGGGCCUUAUGUCACUAUUCAAGUCGGCGACAAAGGGGCCAAGUACAAAGUAUCCCGUCCUCUCCUCAGCAGACAUUCCUCCUAUUUCAGAGCAAUGUUCGAUAGCUGUUUCAAAGAGGGCAACGAGCAAGCAGUGACCAUGCACAAGAUCAGAGGCGUUGUCACUGAGCGUAGCCUCCUCAUGCUGCUCCAGUAG